AUGCCCACCACCAUCUGCAGUUUGAGCAAGCAACAUAAAUGGAAGAUAGCAGCCUCUGUGAUGCUGUUCUCCGUGCUCCUUAUAGCAUUUGAUUCGCCAUUCAGGGCCUUUUUCAGCAAGUACCUCAGCUCCAUUGUACCACCAUCUGGAUCAUCACAUGACACUACAUUAACCCAGGGCAAGGCAGGGAAACAGAUUGAACAUGGCACGCACAACAUGAACACCAGUUUGACAAAUGCAGCUUCCGGUUGGAGCAUUGUGAAGGAGGAGUUUACAUUUCAAGCAGCUGGCCGCCCUUUCAAUAAUUGUCAUGCUUCCACCAUUGUAGAGAUUGAGAAAGACAAUUUUUUGGUUUCAUUUUUCGGUGGAUCCAUAGAGGGGGCUCCUGAUGUCAAAAUCUGGACACAGAGAUACAGUGAUGGCUACUGGCAUCCUCCAGUAGUAGCUGAUGAAGAAAAUGCGACAGCAAUGUGGAAUCCUGUUUUAUUUCCACUCCCCUCUCGUGAGUUGCUUCUCUUCUACAAGAUUGGUGAACACCCUCAAAACUGGAGUGGUGCCAUGAAAAGAUCUCUCAAUGGUGGCAUGCCCUGGUUAGAGAGAGAGCAAUUACCACCUGGUAUUCUUGGCCCUAUUAAGAAUAAGCCCUUUUUGCUUGAUGAUGGGCGCUUACUAUGUGGAUCAUCUGUUGAAAGUUGGAGCUCUUGGGGUGCAUGGCUUGAGGUCACAGAAGAUGCUGGUCGGACAUGGAGCAAAUAUGGUCCUAUAUUCGUCCAAGGCGAGACACUUGCUGAGGUCUUAUCAAACAAUCGGUCGGGCAUCGACGGAAUCAAGAUGAAGGAUGGAAGAGUGGCGCUUGCCUACAACACCGUCUCCAGGGGCACACUCAAAGUGGCCGUCUCCACGGAUGACGGCCUCUCGUGGCAAGAGGUGCUGACGUUGGAGAACACCGAAGGCUGGGACUUCUCGUAUCCUGCAGUGAUCCAGACCAUGGACGAGCUCGUGCAUGUCACCUACACAUACAACCGGACGCAGAUCAAGCACGUGGUUCUUCGGCCCAGUUGA